GGCAGCCUCUCCCCUGGAUCCGCCAAACAUUCCUGCAAGCAAGAGUGGAAAUACAUUGCUUCCGAGAAGACCACCAACAAUACGUAUCUGUGUCUGGCUGUGUUGAACGGCGUGCUGUGCGUGAUCUUUCUGCAUGGGCGCAGCAGUCCCCAGGCCUCGCCCUCGGCCACACCUUGUCUGACCAAGAGCCUGAGUUUCGAGGGCCAGCCACUGGAAGAGGAACCCGACAAGCUGCUGGCACCCAUGCACUAUGCUCGCUCCGGCCUGGGCAUUGCGGCUCUGAAUGGCCGACUCAUCGCCGCAGGUGGCUACAAUCGGGAGGAGUGCUUGAGGACUGUGGAAUGUUAUGACAUGAAGACAGCCUGCUGGAGUUUCAUUGCUCCAAUGAGGACUCCACGUGCUCGAUUUCAGAUGGCUGUGCUCAUGGGUCAGCUUUACGUGAUGGGUGGGUCCAAUGGCCAUUCAGAUGAACUAAGUUGUGGGGAGACGUACAACCCUAGUGCUGACGAGUGGACUCGAGUGCCAGAGCUCAGGACCAAUCGUUGCAAUGCAGGUGUCUGCUCUCUGAACAACAAGUUGUAUGUUGUUGGGGGAUCAGAUCCAUGCGGACAGAAAGGUCUGAAGAACUGUGAUGUUUUUGAUCCUGUGAGCAAGGCUUGGAACAGCUGUGCCCCUUUAAACAUCAGGAGGCAUCAGGCUGCCGUGUGCGAAUUGGAUGGCUUCAUGUACGUGAUCGGAGGAGCAGAGUCUUGGAACUGUCUGAACUGUGUGGAAUGCUACAAUCCAGAAAACAACACUUGGACCCUUAUUGCCCCAAUGAACAUUGCCCGUAGAGGAGCUGGAGUGGCUGUCUAUGAAGGUAAACUGUUCGUGGUGGGUGGCUUCGAUGGCUCUCAUGCCCUGCGUUGCGUUGAAAUGUACGACCCCGCCCGCAACGAAUGGAGGAUGCUGGGGAGCAUGAACUCGCCACGCAGCAAUGCUGGUGCGGCCGUGCUCAGUGACAUCAUCUAUGCCGUUGGUGGCUUUGAUGGAAACAACUUCCUCAACUCGGUUGAGGCCUACAACCCUAAAACAGAUGAGUGGAGCCCC